AUGCUUCGUCGUCGCCUCGCCGUCCCACGGAACGAACACUCGCACCAGGUGGGCCCUGGACCUCAAUCAUGGGUUUCCCCAAUUCUUUUGCAGCUCGCGGUUUCAACGAUUGCGACGAUUCGCGACCGUCGAAAGUUUAUUGAAUUGCGCCUUCUCUGUCAUGUUGGCAUGAAAUACGUCUACGCCUACCUUGAUAAAUUCGGCCUCGCCGCCGCUGGAGGUCGUCUCGGUCCCGUCGGCGUCCCCGGCUCGAUCCUCGCCGGCGGCGUCAACUUCUACGGUAAUCAGGUUGGUUUCGCGUGCGACACAGUGGUCAACUACGUGGUGGUCCUGGCGGACGGUACCGUGGCGCAGGCGAACAAGACGUCGAACCCGGAUCUGUUCUGGGCUUUGAAGGGCGGCAGCAGCAACUUCGACGAGUGCGCAUACCGUCGAGGCGAAGCUGCUGCUACCUAUGCGGCCAACAUCUCCGACCCCAAGACGCAUAUCGUGCCUGCGCUCGUCCCCGGCGAGACCUUGAUGGCUUCGGUUAUCCUGUUCUAUGACAGCGAGGAGGUCCGUUAUCCAGACAUCUUCAAGCCCUUCACGGAUAUCCCGUCGAUCAACAGCACUGUGGGCUUUAAGACCUUGAGCGAGUUUGCAGCUGAGACGGGCGAAAUGGUUGUGCCUCACAUCAACGACGUCCUCGUCGCCGCCACCGACUACAAGUCCCUCCUCGAGGGUAUCACCAUCAUCAACAGCACCUUCUUCAACGAGCUGCCCAAGCUCUUAGCUCAGGUCCCCACGGCCAACAUUUCCACCAUCCAGCUGGACUGGCACCCCAUCGGCGCCGACUGGAUGCGCGCGUCCGAAUCCCGCGGCGGAAACGCCCUCGGUCUUGACCCCUCAAAGAUCUACCUCUGCUACGCCGAAGUCGUCGAGUGGAUCGGUUCCGUGUACGAUGAUAUCGUGACCGAGUGGGUCCAGGAUACAACGUUUGCGAUUAACAACGCAACCAUGAAGGCGGGCCUAUAUGAUCCGUUCAACUACAUGGGUGAUUCCGCGGGGUUCCAGAAUAUCUUCGAAGGGUACGGAGAGGAGAACCAUGCCAAAUUGCAGGAGAUUGCCACGCGGUACGAUUCUGAGGGCGUGUUCCAGCGGUUGAUGCCCGGUGGGUUCAAGGUUAAAACUUGCAAAAACAAGCGAUACGAUGAUACAAUUUACACAGAUAUAGACAGUUGA